CGGAAUCCCAGCCUUUCCACCCGGCUCUGGGACAGAAGUCUUGCUCCCAGCAGCUCCACAGAGGCUCCAUCACAGGAGCGCGCUCUGCCAGGUGGAUCUGCGGCCUGUUGCCCAGCAGCGGCCACAUCCUGCGCCCUGCCCUGACGUCUGGGUCUGGCUGUGAAGACCCUGAGGCUGCCGCUGAUGGGGUCUGCUCUACUCUUUCCAGGACCGCUUUGUGUGUGGCGAGAGGCGGCCACCAUCACCUGCCAGGAGAUGGGCUGCGACCGCAGGUUCCAUCUCCCCUGUGCCGUGGAGGGUGGAUGCGUCACUCAUUACCUCCCGCAGUUCAGAUCCUUCUGCCAGGAGCACCGCCCACAGCAGCAAGAUCUGGUGGCUCCAGCGAACGCCAUCUGCCUCGUCUGCAUGGACCCUGUUGAAGGCAGAACUACCUAUAGGACCAUGGUCUGCCCAGUAUGCAGACACGCCUGGUUCCACAGGGCCUGCAUCCAGGGACAGGCUAUGCGUUCUGGAAGUUUGUGCUUUCAGUGUCCUCUGUGUAGAAAUCAGACUAUGUUUCUUGUUGAAAUGAUAAACAUGGGGAUCCAAAUCCCCUUAAGGUGAGUGUCCUCCUGGCCACCACUUGCCAUACCUGGACCUGCACCAGCAGUCGUGGUCUUCUGCUGUCCCCCGAGUCUGGGCUUUAGCUCUAUGGAGGAGUUGGAAACAGAGUGUGUGGGGAAGAGCGGGGAGGCCCCGCAUCCGCCUUAUGCUGAGGCAGCAGGGGCUCAUCAAUUUUCCUUUCUCCAUCAGAGAAGCGUCAUGGGAAGACAACAAUGCACAAGCAGAACUGCUCCGGAGGCACAGCCACUGUGAUGCCAGGGAGUGCCUUUGUCCAGGAGGCAGAUGGGUGGCAGAGCCAGACGGGUAAGUUGCCAAAGCUGCACCCUGGGGCUGUGCACGGGAUCUGUGUCUCAGCAAGGGCUUGAAGCAGAAAGGCUGAAGAGAAGAGCUCUGCUGGACAAUCCCAUGCUGUGGGCACUUUAACCUCAGAGACAUGAAUCUAU